UCAGAAAAGUGAAUAGACUUCUCCAGUUGACUUUCCUGUUUCCUGUGUGGUCCGCUUAAAGGGUUAAAGCCCAGAGUGAACCGAAUUGUAAGAAGUUGGUUUCCAAGGGAAACUGUUCGCACAGUUCCAGCUGAGGCGGGACGAACCAACUGCCCGGCGCGAAUGGGGGUGGCGGGAAGAACCAUCUCGGGGAAAAAAACGAGAUAAUAACGCUUUGUUUCCGUUAUAACAAGUCAACUCGCUCGCUAUUACCAUUUAAUCGGACGGAUACACGCGAUGGCCUUAAUACAAGCUGUGAAAAGUGAAGUUUUAAACGCGUUUGUUUAGUACUGGCGUGGAGGCGCACCCCUUCCCGUGCGGGUAUAGUGCGGGGGUCCCUGCCAAGUCGGUUUGAAAAGAGCAGACAAAGGCUUGGAGUGCAGGACGCCCCUCGCCUCCCCUCGCAACAUUCAUCCUCCCGAGUCGCUCCCGCCCCGCCAUGGAUCAAGUCGCCGGAGUGGGUCGCGUCGCUUUGACUUCCACUUUCCGCCUCUGAAAUGCACGAACGUUUGGAUCCGCGCCGGGCCGAAAGUGGACGCCUUUUUGCGGCCAGAAUACAAGAAGGACGCGUCGUGUGAGGGAAGGAGAAAGAGAGCGAGAGAGAGCGAGAGAGAGAGGAGGGGGGAAGGUUUUGACGCCGUUUCCUCCUCUCCUCCGCCUCCUUCUUCUUCCUCUCGCCCCCUCUCCUAUUUUUUUUUAAAUUCUAUUUUAUUUUGGCGAAAGGAAGUAAUAAACGCUUUUUUGGGGCUGUUUUGCCUCGAUGUGACUGCGCCUGCACAGCCGGCUCACGUUGCGCUCAAGAGUUGGAUCGAUUGCGCACACUCUUGAGUGCGAGGGAGGAACAGAACUGAAAAGUCAGCGGGGAGGGAGGUGGGGGGGAGGGGGGGUGUUGCUACUUUUUUGGAAUUGUACAGUGAAGAUUUUCCUUUUUUUUGGUUUGUUUUUCUCAGCCGUGGAGGUGCGCAGGAUUGAUUCUUAUAUGCCUGGGGUUUGAAAAACAAUGGAGACGCACAUUUCGUGCCUCUUCCCGGAAAUUUUGGCCAUGAUUUUCAGCUAUCUGGACGUGAGGGACAAAGGCAGGGUGGCCCAAGUGUGCCUGGCUUGGAGGGACGCGUCGUACCACAAGUCGGUGUGGCGGGGGGUGGAGGCCAAACUGCACCUCCGGCGCGCCAACCCCUCGCUGUUCCCCAGCCUCCAGGCCAGGGGCAUCCGAAGGGUCCAGAUCCUGUCCCUGCGCCGCAGCCUGAGCUACGUGAUCCAGGGGAUGCCUAACAUCGAAUCGCUCAACCUGUCGGGUUGCUACAACCUCACCGACAACGGGCUGGGCCACGCGUUCGUGCAGGAGAUCCCGUCGUUGAAGGUGUUGAACCUGAGCCUGUGCAAGCAGAUCACCGACUACAGCCUGGGCCAGAUCGCCCGUUGCCUGAAGAACCUGGAGGUGCUGGAGCUGGGCGGCUGCAGCAACAUCACCAACACGGGGCUGCUGCUGAUCGCGUGGGGCCUGCGCCGGCUCAAGAGCCUCAACCUGAGGUCCUGCCGCCACUUCUCGGACGUGGGCAUCGGCCACCUGGCCGGCAUGACCCGCAACACGGCCGAGGGUUGCCUGAGCCUGGAGCAGCUGACCCUGCAGGACUGCCAGAAACUGACGGACCUGUCCCUCAAGCACAUCUCCAAGGGGCUGGCCAAGCUGCGGGUGCUCAACCUGAGCUUCUGCGGCGGCAUCUCGGACGCCGGCAUGAUCUACCUCUCGCACAUGACCUCCCUGUGGAGCCUCAACCUGCGUUCCUGCGACAACAUCAGCGACACAGGCGCAAUGCACCUGGCCAUGGGCACGCUGCGCCUGUCGGGAUUGGACGUCUCCUUCUGCGACAAGAUCGGCGACCAGACGCUGGCGUAUAUCGCCCACGGGUUGUACCGACUCAAGUCGCUGUCCCUGUGCUCGUGCCACAUCUCCGACGACGGAAUCAACCGCAUGGCCAGGCAGAUGCACGAGCUGCGGACGCUCAACAUCGGUCAGUGCGUGCGAAUCACCGACAAGGGGUUGGAGCUCAUCGCCGAUCACCUGACCCAGUUGGCGGGCAUCGACUUGUACGGAUGUACCAAGAUCACCAAGAGGGGGCUGGAGAGGAUCACGCAGCUGCCGUGCCUUAAAGUGCUCAAUCUGGGACUCUGGCAGAUGACGGACAGCGAGAAAGUCAGGUGAUGGCCCAAAAAAUAAAAAUAAAAGGGGGGGGGGGGAGUAGUCCACCGAUCUCAUAUUGAGUUGGAUGCAAUUUCAUAACAUUCGCCCCCCCCCCCCCACCUCAAGAUGUGCCCAUUUGGAGCAAAGUGUCCACCUCAUAUGUGCUUGUUUGGGAGAAAAUGUGCCUAGAGGGACUGUCCGUGUCGCCCCCCCCCCCGACCCCCCCCCUCCUCACAAACUAUCCCCACCGCAUGAGACAAUUCGUGAUUUGUCCAUUCUGAUCUAAACGUGUCCUGAAAGUUGACACGCGUGAAGCUUUUCAGGUAGUUGGGUGGGGGUGGGGGGUCGGUUUUGGGUGGGGGAGGGGGGGAAGCUGCCGGGGGUCAAACGUCAGUGAAUGUUGCUUCAAAUUGAAGUGAUUUAGAGAUUUUUCUUUUUUUACCCUUGUUUAUCGAUCGAAACGAAUCAGGGUUCCAUUUUUUUUUUUUUUUUAGGGAGAAUGUUUCUCUUCCCCCCCCCCCCCCCACCCCCGGAUAAAAAUACCCCGAGCUCAUUCGGAGACAUGCUUGGAAUAAGGAGCAAUCGAUUAAUUUUUUUUCUUGUGCUCUCCGCUUCUCGGGUUACAAGCUCGGGCCACAUCUCUUUCUGUUUUUUUUUUGUCCCCCCCCACCCCCCCACCGCCACACACACACCAGUAAUGUGUGUGUGUUUUUAUUUUGAUGUAAUGCAAUGACCUGCUUGAUUUAAAAAAAAAAAAAAGGAACCUACGGAUGUGCGUCCUGCUGAAACAGCCGAAGAAGAAAAAGGAAAAAAAAAGAUGUACUGUAUAUUAUGUUUGUAAAAAAAAAAAAAAUGUUCAAAAGAAACAA